AUGUGGGUCGCCCCCCAUCCCAGGGCCGCCCCUCUCCCAGGGCCACCCCCCUGUCGCCUGCGCCAAUCCAGCCCCCUGUCGCUGGAGGGGGCCUCACCAACUCGCCUCGUCGGAGGGGGUGCUGCUGCAGAUCGUUGUCCCCCUCCCAAGGCCUCGCCAGCUCCAGAGAGUACUGCUUCAGAUCGAGGAUCUGCUCGCCGGAGGGGGUACUGCUUCAGAUCGGCAGCCCCAGGUAGGACCCCAGAGGGAGCGACCCUGCGGAGCCCCUCCGGCCGGAAGUACGAUGGCGUGGUUCACUGCGCCGUCGGUGUCAGCUGGUCGUCUUUCCGGCCGUUGCUGAGUGACGCCGGGAGAGUGAUAGACAUCACCCCGAACUUCUCAGCCAUCCUCACAUAUGUGCUGCACAGGGUGACAUUCUCCAAGAAGCGCCUCGUGCCCCAGCUGCUCCUGUCGCUCAACAAGGCGGACCUGGAGUUCUUGGUCGGGUUGCUCGAGGAAGACAAGCUGAAGACGGUGAUCGACUCGAGGUUCCCGUUGAGCGACGCAGGCAAGGCGUGGCAGAGCAGUAUCGAUGGCCAUGCCACUGGCAAGAUUGUCGUGGAGAUGGAGAGCUGAUCGUCGUCAAUGCUAUUAUUACCAACACACUUGCAUGCAGACAGUGGAGAGGAAUACUUAGGAUUGAAUUAUACAGACUAGUCAUUUGUACGUUUGUUUAUGAGAAAAUAGCCAAACUAUCACUAUUUUUCUGCGGGGACAAACUAUACCUAGUUGAAACCAAGAAUGCCAAAACACCACUAUG